AUAAGUUCAGAGGGAAAGCAAUAUUGCAAGUUAGUGGUGUAAUCCCACUAAUGAAAGAACCGUAGUUAACAAGAAUUCCGCAAAAGGUGAGAAACUCAAUGGCCGAAUUCAACGUACAGCAAACACCCUUGGACUUCAAUCACUCUCAGUCGCAACAGCCGCGAUUCCAGCAGAGUGGAGGACAGCAAAACUUCCAACCUUUCCAGCCCUAUCUGUUAACUCAAAACUACUCUCAGCAAUCGUACAGACAACCUCGUGGUGGGGGUAGACCAUUCUACAGGAGGGGUCGCGGACGUCUGGCUCCAAACUUUAAUCAAGGUUUCGCCGAGAGCUACCAAAACCAGCCGCUACAACCCCCUCAGCUGGACUUCAGUCAGUCAAAUCAGCAGUUCGGUAACUAUGGGGGCUAUGGUCAGGUGCUGGAACAGGACUUCUUCUUGCAAGGUCAACCCCAAAGGGUGAGAGGUCGUGGGUUUAGGUCACACUCACAGCGUGGACCUUUCAGAGGUCAGUCGCAUCAGCCGGUUUUUCGUGGUGCUGCAUCGUCGUUUGGGAAUGAACGCAAUCAGGAUGUUGGAGCUGUGUCUUCCAAUAACAAUAGAGGGCGCUCUGGGGAAGGACGGUUUGAAUCUGGACGGGGAAAUGCGAACAAAAUUCCUCCGAAGAAGAACAGGAAUGACUCCUCGAAAACCAAGAACCGCUCUCAGUAUCAGGGGAGUAAAGACACCCAGACUGGGUCGAUGAUCGAGCAGCUGACAGAGGGGACGUACGAGUGCACAGUGUGUUGUGAGACGGUGAGGUGUGAUUCCCCCAUCUGGAGUUGUCAGGAAUGCUACAAUGUGUUCCACAUGAGGUGCAUUAAGAAGUGGGCGAAGUCACCUGCUGCGGCCGCUGAAGGAACCGAUGGGUGGCAGUGCCCAAUGUGUCGUAACAUAAGCCUUCCAAUUCCUUACACCUACAAAUGCUUCUGCACCAAGAUGCGCGAUCCGCCGUACCAACCCGGCGAGAUGCCGCACAGCUGCGGCGAGGUAUGCCGACGUAAACGUUCCAAGACCAACUGCGUCCACCCCUGCAACAUUCUAUGCCAUCCAGGCCCGUGCCCGCCGUGUCCGGCCAGCAUCAAGCAGACUUGUCUAUGCGGGGGGACGACGCAGACGAUUCGCUGCGGAACGGCGCAGGUGGUGCGCUGCGAGGGAGAGUGCGGCAAGACGCUGAACUGCGGGAUUCAUGAGUGUGAGGCAGUGUGUCAUUCAGGGAAAUGCGAACCUUGCCAGGUGGAACUUCAACAAGAGUGCUAUUGCGGUAAGGACAACAAACUUGUGCUGUGUGGAUUGGACGAGUCUGGUAACCCGCUUCAAGAAGGACCUGAACAAUACUCAUGCCAUGCUCUUUGUGAAAGAACUCUAGCCUGUGACAAGCAUACCUGCACUAGACCAUGCCACCCAGGACCCUGCUACCCUUGCUCUCUGACCCCCGAUAUGGUGACCCACUGUCCCUGCGGCCAGACCAAGCUGUCGGAACUAACAAAGGAAGGUCAGAAACGGGAGUCUUGCCUGGACCCGAUUCCAACAUGCGAGAACACCUGCAGCAAGCCACUCAUGUGUGGUGGAGAGGACAUCCACACCUGUAAGAAGACAUGCCAUGAAGGAGCUUGUAAAGAGUGCUCUCUAACGUCCACCAUACGCUGCCGAUGCGGCCACCGCAUGAUCGACGUCUCCUGCCGAGAUCUCGUCGAAGCAUUGGACGUAGCCACGGGUGAGGUGUCUAUGGCAUGUGACAGGAAGUGCACCAAGAAGAAGGAUUGUGGGAAGCAUAAGUGUAACACCAAGUGCUGCAUGGACAAGAAUCACCACUGCGGUCAGAUCUGCGGACGAAUGCUUAACUGCGGACUACACAGAUGUGAAGAGAUGUGCCACCCCGGUAACUGUGUACGUUGCCUCAAUGCAAGUUUUGAUGAGCACACCUGCCACUGCGGGGCAACCGUUAUGAUGCCCCCGAUCCAGUGUGGCACCAGGCCCCCAGAAUGCCCCCAACUGUGCGCCCGUCGGCAUGACUGCAAUCACACUGUACGUCACAACUGUCACUACGAGACGGCAUGCCCACCGUGUGCCGAACUCUCGUCUAAAAUGUGCAUGGGGAACCAUGAGAAACGUUACAACAUCCCAUGCCACAUCAAGGACAUCUCAUGCGGCCAUCCAUGCGAGAAGAAACUACAGUGCCAGAUGCACAACUGUAAGAAGAUUUGUCAUAAGGGUACCUGCGAAGCCUGCAAACACCCAUGCCUUGCCCCUCGUCCAGAGUGUGGCCACCCCUGUGCCGCCCCAUGCCAUGUGGGCAACCCCUGCCCACCCACCCAGUGUAAGGCUAAGUUCUCCAUCCACUGUGCCUGCGGGAAUCGCUCCGAGGCCACUCAGUGUCUACAAGGAGGGGAUGAUGCUCAACUCAACGAGGCCUUCCAGAGAUUGGCAACAUAUACUCUAGCCGGGCAGAGAAGUCAGUCUGGUGGAGAUGUUGAUAUAAGUCAGAUGAUGGCUCUGAGGAAUAGCAAGAAACAAAGACAGUUGGAGUGUGAUCAGCAGUGUUCCAUUCUCGCCAGAAACAGGAGACUCGCCUCUGCAUUGCAGAUCAACCCAGAGAGCUCAAAGUUUACUCCGACCUACAAUAUGUUCCUGAAAGAGCAAGCCAAGAAAACCCCAGCUUUUGUAGCUGGCAUAGAGAAGGAGAUCGCAGCUUUGGUAGCCUCUGCUCAAGCUUCAAAGCAUCCAAGUCGCAGUCACGUCUUCCCCUCCAUGAAUCGGGACCAGCGGCGUGUCGUUCAUGAAUUAUCCGAGAUGUACGGCUGUGAAUCGCAGAGUUACGAUCAAGAACCCAAGAGGAACGUCGUCACGACUGCCAGGAAGAGCACCUGUUUCAUUCCAAGUGCAACGCUGUCUUCAGUCGUUGGGGAUCGCCCAAAAGCCCCGCCUCCGAUCCUCCACACCAAGCACCAAGCCCCAAGACAUCUGACGACAUUAUCAAAGAUGCAACGCCCCGACAGCCCGACCGGCCCAACCAGCCCUCCACCUCAGGCUCAAGUCUCUCAGAUGGAUGACUUUGAAGUCCCUGACUCAUGGGAAGUCAGAUAAAAGAUUGGACAAAAGACCGCUUCAUAACGCCUACCGUAAUGCAACCUAUACAGAGGACUAUACAGGGAGUUGAAUUAAAUUCAAUUAAAGGAACAUUACAGAAUUAGUUUUGCUAGCAAAACAGUUGCUGGCAGUGCAAGCACUUUAUG